AUGACGUCAGAAGAGACAGCCACCGCUCACUCUAGCAUCUACGACUUCCAGAUACUAGACGCUGAGCAUCAGUUGUACGACCUCGCGCAGCACAAGGGGCACCCGCUGCUGAUCUACAACGUCGCGAGUAAGUGCGGCUACACGAAGUCUGGCUACGAGACGGCGACGGCGCUCUACAACAAGUACAAGGGCCAGGGCUUCACGGUGCUGGCUUUUCCGUGCAAUCAGUUCGCCGGCCAGGAGCCGGGGACGGCGCAGGAGGUGAAGGAGUUUGCCUGCACACAAUUCAAGGCGGAGUUCCCCAUCAUGGCGAAGAUUGACGUGAAUGGCGAUAAGGCCCAUCCGCUGUAUAGCUAUUUGAAGCGCUGCCUUACCGGAGCUGCUGGUGUGCAGGCCAUCAAGUGGAACUUCACGUCGUUCCUCAUUGACAAGAACGGUGUCCCCGUGGUGCGGUUUUCGCCUGGUGCCUCAGUGGAGCAAAUUGAGGAGCAACUAAUUCCACUUCUUGGGGAGGAGGGUGCCGCUGCUUCUGCGUAG